AUGUUUAGCGCGCGGUGGGGGUGCAAUUAUGUUAGAAGUCUGUUAAAGAGAAAGCACCUCCUUAUCUUUUUGGUCACUUUAGCAGGGUUCAUUGGUCAAACUAGUCAAUUUACACUGAUUAACGCAGCUAGCCAACUUAGCAUCAUUAACCUGACUAGCCAAUUUUAUGCUCUUAGCCUGAGUAAAUACUUUAGACUACACAACUUACUAAACCUGUUUAGUCUGUUCGUCCUGCUAAACCUGAUAAGCUUAAUCGACAGAGUUACAAUUUCACAUCCUGAUGAAAAGACAAAAAAUCGUUUGUAUAAAUUAAAAAAUCAUUUUAACCAAUUUGGAGAAUUACCAAAAAUAGAUGAAAAUGGAAAUGAAAAUGAAAAGAAUAAGGAAACGAAAAAAGAGAAAUCUGUCCCAAAUGAAGAAUUAACAGUAAUUCAAAACCCACAUGACACGGGUGGUGGUAUAUUCUUGUGCUCGCAAAAUUGGGGAAUAAAUGUGGUACAUAAAAUCAUCCAUAUAAUCCACCAGUGGAACCCCUUCCAAAAGAACCCAAAACCACAUCUAACAGAUUCGCAAAUAAAGAAAUACAGUGUGGAAUAUACUGGACAUAAAAAAAGUAACAUACCGAUAUACAAUACCAACAUCACAGACAGAGAGAUACAAAAACUAGUAGGAGGAAAUUAUGAAGUAAUUAGUUCGCGCUCACUUCUUUCAUUGACCAAAAGGAAAAAAAAUAAAAAAAAGGAAAAGAAAAAGAAGCAAAAAAAAGGAGGACGUAAGGGGAAAAACAAGAAGAACAACAAAAAGAACAAAAAAGGGAAGCAGAAAAAAAACGGGAAAAAUAAGCAGAAAAAAAAUGGGAAAAAUAAGCAGAAAAAAAACGGGAAAAAUAAGCAGAAAAAAAACGGGAAAAAUAAAAGACUUAAUCAUGGGGACUCAGAUGAAGACGAGAUCGGUGAGGGGUACUCUGGAAGAACAGGAUCAAGGAAAAAUGGCCGUGGCAUUCCCAUGAAUGAUUACACAGAUGAUAAUGAGGAAGACGACCAAGACGACAAUAACAACGCAUGGAAUGAGUAUAGCGAAGAAACAGAAGAUGGAUUAGUGGACGAAUAUUCACUAAGGAAAAAAAAACAGGAGGGAAGAAAGAAGGGAAAAAAAGGAAUGAACAAAAAAGAAGCACAAAAAAGGAAGAAAAAAAGGUCAAAAAAUGAUGACCAGGAUCAUUAUAAAGAUAGUGGAAAAGAGGUUGAAGAGGAAUACAUUGGAGGAAGUAGAAAACGAAAACGGUUAUCAAAACAUCAUACUAAAGAUGAUCUGGAUGAUGAGUAUGAACCAAAAAGGAAACACCAGCGGCAAAAUCAAGACGAGGAUUAUGACAACAACACAGAAAGUAAAAAAUCUUCGAAAAAAAAAAAAAAAGAAAAAAAAAGAAAAAAAAAAAAAGGGCGUGGUAAUACAGUAGAAGAUGAUAUAGAAGGAAAAAAAGAAGAACUAGAAGAACUGAACGAUGUUGUUAAGGAGCUGUCCUCGAAAAAAAAUCUUCUUGAAAAUGCAGAAGAUCAUAUGUUAGAGUUGUUAAAGACGAUUCACUCACUAGAAACAAAAAAGUAA